AUGCAUUUUCAACGCCUCGUCAUCACCACUAUCAUUCUUCCCCUCGCUAUUGCAGCUCCUGUCGUCAACCCCACCAUCGAAUCCAAGUCUUCCAUAUCUUCCACAUCUUCCACAUCUUCCACGAUGCCAAUGCUUCACAAAUACAAUACAAACACACCUCCAUCUCAAUCCUCAUCCCCAUCCCCAUCUCUUCUCAACGCACGCCAACUCCUAUGGACAAUUCUGGGUCCGUUGGGUUUGGAACCAGUGAUUGAUGGGAUUAAUGGUGCGGUUGUGGGGUUGGGAUUGAGGUGA